GUGUCAACGAAUGUUCUGAGGCCCUGAUCACACCUUGUGAACUAUGGUGAUGUGAAAUGCAUUUCAUACAGUGUUUCUCUUUGUUCCCAGUACUUGAAGGAAAGUAAUCGAAGUGGCAGCUUAGGAGACGAGUCAGAGAGUAUUUCAGUCAUGGCUACAAUGUUUCUCAUACGAGCAGAGGCCGUAACUAGAUGCUAGCCAAGUGUCACGGACAUGCGGCGGCUCAGAGGUGCUAUACAAGCCGUAUGCAUAUAAGCGGUCUGUGAGUGAACCAAAUGUAUCACCAUUUGCAGUAUUUUGGCCCAGGACCCGCUCUAAAUGCUCCGAGGUAUCGUUUUGGCUCAAAUACACUGCAGAAGACAUUCCAAAUACUUUUUGUACCCCUUGGGUGCUCCGAGUAUCGGUCAUAUACAUUUCUGUACUCGCGCCGCCUCAAUAUUCGCUCUGGACACUCCGUAUUACCCUAUCACCCAUUGAUAAUCUUUCUUACAUAUUUACAGACUUCAUUCGCCAUCCAGCAUAGCUUAAAUAAGCCACAGAAGUGUCGUACACGCUCUCCGUUUGCCUACCUAUGCCUUCUGUACAGCCGCAUUCUGGAGGUUUCCCUGGCAUCCCCUUCACGUCUGUCUUCAUUUCUCUGGUCAUAACUGGGUAUAUUGUGGUGUUGGUUCCUAUUAGACG